UUUCUCCAGACUGCUCCGAGAGGAUCCUGGACGUAGCGAACAGUACAAAGAGCAAAUACUCGCGAAAAUUGAGGGUGGCCAUGCGCACUUCGAUGCGCGCGUCCUCGUUUUCCAUCCCGACAUUCUGGCGAAGGCCAAGGCUGAAGAAGACCUAGAACAACUGCUUGAAGAUGAUGAAAGUCGUGGCCAGGUGGAGAUUACGUCGAAGAAAUUCGAUCCGAGCGAUCGUGUUGUAUCCUCGAGAAGUCCUCUAUUAACGGCGGAAGAGGUGUAUUCCUUUGCGAUCAUGGAGAUGGUGAACCACCAGCUGUGGCGCAGCACGAUGG